AUGAUACUUGGAAAUGAUAGAGAAGUUUGGAAAUCUUCUACUAGAAAACUCUUGGAAAAUAGAUAUAUUUAUCCAAAUGAAACUGGCUUUAAAGAUUAUUUCAUUAGUAUUAUAAAUGAGCAAUAUGACUCAAAAAAAAAAAGAGAUCAACAACACCCAGCAAUUCAAAAAAAACAUAUACUUGAAGAAAACGUUGAAAGUAGCCCCCUUUCAGAAAACAAAAAAAUAAAACAACUAGAAGCUUUGCAAGAACUUAUUCAAAUACGUCCUGAUCUUAAAGGAAAGUCGGUUUACUUUUUUUAUAAAUCUAAUAAAUUUGUAGAGGGAAUUUUGAUUUAUGAUAGAAGUGAAAAUAUGUCAUAUGUAUAUGAUCCAAAAAGUGGAAAUAAGUUCAAUUCUUUUUUUCAAUGGUUAAAUGUUCUUAAAAAGCAAGGUUUGUUCAAUGGGGAAAGGUCUGCAAUUGCUACAAUUUUUUUAGAGCCUGUUACUUCCAGCCCUAACCUUGCAUCCAUAUUAAGACCAUCUGUUCAAUUACCUUAUUGGAAGAAUAACUCAACUGCAAGAAAUGUAGAAAAAGAUAUGACCAUUGUUUGGAAUGGAAAUUUAAUCUCAUAUGAGGUGAAUGUAUUGGGAAAAGUGGUGAAGGAUAUUGACUUAAUAAGACCAGGAGUUGCAGCAGAAAGAACAUUUACAGAUGUAGAAGAGGCAAUUGAAUAUGUAUUUGAUGCAAAAAUUUGUAAUGGAAAAUCUACAAAAGGAUUUGAAGAAGUAACACGUAAUCGAGGCCUACAACUUGUAAACAAUAAGCUUGGUCCUGAUGGUACUCAUGAGCCUUUUGCAUUUUUGGAAAACAAAGGAAAACCCAAUGAAAUUUAUCGUCGAGUAGAUUGUCAUCUUCUUGUAGAUUUAAAAGGUGCAUGUGAAAACUGCAAAAAAUUAAAGAAUACCUUGAUAAAAAUACGUAGUAGAUAUCUCACUGGUACAAAAUCUGUGAAAACAAAUCAUGCAUCACAAGAAAUCCUUAGUGAAGCUGUUCAAGAGCAACGAAAGCUCAUAUGUAUACAAUGUGGAAAACCAAAAGGGACAAGAUAUCAUCCUAUUCGUGGAGGUAAUGCUGCUUAUGAUUCUUUGAAGGGGAUAAUGCGUUUACCAUCAGUAUCAACCCUCAAGAGCUAUAUAAAUGAAUAUGAGCAAAAGUCUGGUUGGCAAGAUGAGACAGCACAUCGAAUUCUGUGUAGUUUGGCAUUAGAAAAUGUAUGGGGUCAUGGUCGAAUUGGAUUUUUUUCUCAUGAUUCUUUCAAAAUUCAAAAAGGACUUCUUUGGAGCCAACGUAGUAAUAGUUAUGUUGGUUACUUAGAUUUUGAAGAUGAAGCUCAAGAUUUAAAAUCAUUUGCUAUAAAUUGUGAAAAAGAAUUAAAUGCAAUGGGAAGCAAUACUAUUUCACCUGACCAUAUAUCAGAAAAAUAUGAACAUGGUCUGGCAACACAAGUUCACCAAAUUGUCUGGCAUUCAAUAACACAUAAUUUUUCUUUUCCAUUAUCAUAUUAUGGAGUUAAUACAUUGUCAACUCAUGAUCUGAAUACUUUAUUAUUUGGUCUUGCUGCAAAAUUGGAAUGCAUUGGAAUCCAUACUUGUGGCUCAGUUUGUGAUGGAGCUAGUGAGAAUCGAAAUCACAUAAAAAGUUUUGAUUGGUUUGCUUCGACCUGGUCUGUUGGUGAUAUUGUGGAAGUUGUUAUAGAAAAAGGUAACUCUUAUUCUGCUAAAAUCCUAAAUGCUAACAUUGAUCAUACAAAAUUUAUUGUCCAAAAGCUUGAUCAGGAAUUUACUGAAGGGAUCACUAUUGAUUGGAAAUUUUUAAGACCUGUUAUUGGAAGCCAACUCUCAAUUAAUGAGGAUCAAAAAAUAGUAAGUGAACAUGAUAUCUGGUCAUGGCAUAAAACAUUGAAUCCAAUUACAGGAGAUCCAUGGUUUUUCAUUAGCGACCCAACUCAUGUUUUCAAGAAGCUUCGUAAUAAUUUAUCAAAGAGUCAUACAGGACAAGGUAGCGAAAAAAAUGUGCGUGAAAUUAUGUUUGAUGGUAAAGAAGUCAGUUGGAAACAUAUUAAAGGAGUUUAUGAUUAUACUAGCUGUCAUGCAACAGCUAAGGCAACAAGGCUAACCAAAUGUCAUAUCUGGUUAACAUCUUGGAGUAAGAUGCGUGUUGAUUUAGCUGAACAGACUCUUUCAAAGGAUGUUGAAAAUGCAUUAGAAGCUAUUGAAGAAUUGAAAGAUAUUUCUGAAGGAACAAGGAAAUUUAUUAGAAAUUCAAGAUAUUAUAGACAUAUUUUUCAUAGCAAAAUUAGUUUCAUAAAUAUGGAAGAUCCACGAAUUAAAACAUUAAAAAAUAUUCAUGAUUGGUUUUUGCUAGGUGAUAACCAAAAAAAAGGAGCCAUGGAAUGGAUUUCAUCUCAAUGUCAAUUUGAUUUGAUUUUGUCCAUAAAUGGCUUUCUUGGGAUGUUAGAAUACAUUCUAUCAAGAUAUAAAAUUGCAGCUAUUCAACCACGAAGAAUUUCACAGGAUAUGUUAGAAGGAUUGUUUGGGACCAUUCGUGAACUCAGUGGAGACUCCUCAACACAAACAUUGCAAGGGUAUGGUCAUGCUUUAAAUAAAUAUCAAAUAACUGCAUUAGAAUCAUCAGAAGUUAAAAGUUUUAAUUAUGGAAAUGCAAAUAAUGUUGGUAGUGGAAUGCAUUUCCUAUCAAGAAGAGAUUAUCGAAAACAAAUGUCAAAUGAAAGCAAUCCAGCACUUGUCUCUUUAAAUCUCCAUUCAUCACGCCUAGUAACUUUAUCUCUCCUAUCUCAAAAAAUUUUUGAAACUCUGCUCCAAGAUGAUCUACUUAUGGGAAGAAUUGCACCUCUAUCAAACUCAUUAAAUGAAUAUAUCAACAAUGAAAACUUAAGUAUUCUUAAUUCUAAUGUAAAACGGUAUGAACUUAUUGAAUUUCUAAUUUAUCAUAAUUCCAUUGAUGUUUUAUUACAAAAUUGGCAGAAUGAAGUUAGACUGAUUGCACAAAGUGCAAUUCCAAAAAAAAGAGGAGUCAAAUGGAUGUUAAGAUGGAGCUCCAACUUAGAAAAUCGUCUCAACAAUUACUUGUGUUCUGGAACUUGGUUUGUGUAUUUUCAACAAGAAUUUCAAUUAUCACAAUUUUCACUUUCUGUUCAACGAAUUGUUGCCUUUUCAAUGUUGCAAAAAGUAAUUCUAGAGACAUUUAAAGGUAAUGGCACAAAAAAUGUUGAAUUUGAAAAAGGAGCAGACCCCAAUUUGUUGCCUCAAGUAAUUGUAAAUUUAGAUCCUGCAGAAGCUUCAAAAUUUGCAUAUAUUGUUGGAUGGGUUCUAUUUAAGCUUACAAAAGAUGACAAAGUAAUGAUGUCUCAUCCAAAAUUUGGAAUUAUGCGUUCUUUACUUAAGAAUCUUUGCUCAGAAAAUGUAGAAUAUGUACAUGAAAUUCAUUCACAAACAACAAAUAUCAUACCUGGACCAGAAAUCAUGGACUUCAUGUAUCAUUUUGAAUCCAUAAUAAUUCAAUUAUUUGAAAAACAUCAUGAGCUUGGUCCAAAUAUUUUACAUUACAUAAGAAUCAGCCUGUUAAAUAACUUACAUUUGCAUGAAAAAUUUUCAUCAUUAUUGAAAUUUGCAAUUCAAGAUAAUAUUAGUUCUGAAAAUUUUGAAGGUAAGUUGACUUUGUCAAAUGAAGAUCUGAUUUUUUUAUUUGAAAAAUUAGUUUCUACCUACAUGAAAAGCUGGCAAAAAACAUGGAGACAACAUAAUGGUUACAUACCAGAGAAAGGUACAGCAAGCCUUAGGGAAAAUCUUAAGGUUAUGCGUUCAAAUAACCAGAAUCUUUCAAAUAAUGAGAAAGGUAAAAUAUCUAAUCAAAUAAAGAAAGCAAACUUACCAACAGAUCCAAUGCUUGCACUUGUUCAGCUUCAAGUAUGGGCACAUCUUGAAGAUGUAGAAAAUCAAUUUGCAAAAAAUUUUUUAGUUACAGAUCUGCUCUGGUUAUUAUGGGCAUUUGGAGUUAAAACAUCACAAAAAAGAAAAAAUACAUUGGUUCCUUUACUUAUAAGUCAUUUGAAAAGUGAAACACCUUUUAGUGAAGAAGCAUUAGCAAAAAAGAAUAUAUUUGCACUUGAGUAG